AUGCAACAAGAGAAGAGCAAAGAAGAUCACAGCCGCCUGAUCAAUGUCACGGCCAAAGAUCUAACGGCCAGAAACCGACGGCUAGUGGAGGUCCCCUACACGGCAACACUCUCACACGCAAUGAACACAUUGGUGGCUAACUCCAUCUCCGCCCUCCCAGUGGCUGCACCUCCUGGACACUGGAUCGGCGCCGGAGGUUCCAUGAUCAUGGAGUCUGACAAACAUACCGGAGCUGUACGUAAACACUACAUCGGGAUUCUCACCAUGCUCGACAUACUCGCUCAUAUCGCCGGCGGCGGUGAAAACCCCUCCGACCACUCCGAUUUGGACCGCAAGAUGAGCUCUCAGGUGUCUUCCAUAAUCGGCCAUUGCAUCGAGGGACUUAGCCUCUGGACACUGAAUCCUAACACCAGCUUCGUGGAGUGUAUGGAAGUGUUUAGCAAAGGGAUCCACCGAGCUCUGGUGCCGUUGGAGAGCAGCGUAGAGAGCAAUCACACCAUUUCAGGAGUUGAGCUGGUUGAGUCGGCCUCUUCUUACAAGAUGUUGACUCAGAUGGAUCUCUUGAGGUUCCUUAGAGACCAUCACUUUGAUGACCUCAAGAGUGUUCUCUCACGCUCCAUCUCCCAACUCCGAGCUGUUAACGAUUCCGUUUACGCCAUCACUGAGAGAACAACUGUUUCUAAUGCUAUCAAUUCUAUGAAGGCUGCUCUGCUCAACGCCGUCCCCAUCGUUCACGCCCCUGACGUAGCGGAAGAGGAUCAUGUUCAGCUCGUCAAUGGGAGGCAUAGGAAAGUGAUUGGUACGUUCUCCGCAACGGAUAUAAAAGGAUGUCGUCUGCCGGAGCUGCAGACGUGGCUGCCACUCACAGCUCUGGAGUUCACUGAGAAAGCUUCAGGGAAAGGGAGGGAGAUGGUGAGUUGCACUGAGGAAGCGACGAUGGAGGAAGCUAUAGAGAAAGUGGUGACGAGAGGAGUGCACAGAUUGUGGGUGGUGGACCAACAGGGUUUGCUUAUAGGAGUUGUGUCUCUCACUGAUAUCAUACGCUCCAUAAGAGCUGCUCUUAUGUAA